AAACUUUACAGCAGAUACAGGAAAUGAAAAUGACAGCAGCAGCAGCAGCAGCAAGUCUGAUGUGACUCUGUUGGUGUUGAGCCAGUGUGCAUCAGUAGGUCCAGCAGCAGCAGCAGCAGCAGCAGCAGCAUGGAUGACUUCUGAGCUUCACCUCCUGCUGCUAAACCCAACAAAAGGUCAGCACGACUCAGGUGAGCUCAGAGAUCACUGAAGUCUGAAGAUGAAGUGCCCAGGUUGUAGCCAUAUUAUUUUGGAAAAGAGAGCUAAGUUCUGCAGUGAGUGUGGCCAGAAGCUAUUUGUCCAACCUACAAACACACAGGACACAGGAGAUGAGCCCAAACCCUUGGUAGCAGACUCGGAAAGUACCGUUGAGAGAUCUGUGUCUCAAAACAACGACCCACCUGUGGACAGCCAAGAGUCUAACAGAUCCCCCAAACGGCCGAAUGAUGAGGCCAUCCCCAACCCAAAGAAAAAGAAAAAAAACAGGAAGAGGAAAAAAAAGAAGAAAGAUGGCAGCUUGUCAUCAGACAUGUCCCAAGUCACGCUGGGAGACGACCAGGGGAAGAGGACGCAGAGCGGAAGAGACUCCUCCGACAGUGAAAGCUCAGAAAAUUUAAUGGAUGAAACACCAGACUCACUCCAAGAUGGGCCCUCCUCACCUCCUCAGAACCAGCCCGCUUCCUUAGCGGCUAACGUUCCUGCUGCACCACUUGAAGACACACAAGUCGAUCAGAGUGAAGCGGCUGCUGCCACAGUGGAGGCAGAGACUGCGAAGCAGCCUGAGGAAGCUCCAGGUAACCCCGAUGAAGGAGAGAGCAAUGCACCGAAAUCAACUCAGGAUCAAACACUGAAGAUGGCACCGGCUGACUCUCCGACUCCCAUCUCAGAGGACAACAAGAGUGCGACUUCUCAGUCAAGUCCAGGCAAAGAGACGAAAGCCACUAACCCUAAAGAUCAAAAGACUGAAAAGAAAAACUCAAAGAACAAGAAAGAAACAGCCGCCACUAAACAACCUCCACUGGACCAGAAUGCCAACAUGGAGCAAAAUGCGAAGCAGAGCGGACAAAGCAAACAGAAGGGAAAGAGUCAGCCGGACCAGAAACAGAAGCCGGCUGCGGCACCUGGACAGAAGAUGGUUUUUGGUCCUCAAACACCAUCAAAGGCUGACAGCAAAGGCUCCAGCGUGGACCCGGAGAGGACAGUAGAGCACAUGACGGUUCAGCGGUCUGCCAGCGAGCAGGCCUCGACCGCAGCACAAACCUCAGACGCUGAAAAGGGAAGUAAAGAUGGCAGUAAAGAUGGCAGUAAGGAGUCCAGCACCGCGCCUUGCCCACCACCCAAAAGACCGACGAAGAACAACAACAUUUCUACACGCAACAGACUCACAGUUUACUUCCAUGCAGUUCUCUCAAAGGAUUUCAAAUUUGAUCCAAACGAAGAUCGUAUCUUCAUCCAGGCUGGGCCCCCCCUUGGAAAAUGGGAGGAAAAUAUAACUGAGCUGUCUGUGACCAAGGAUCUCGGAGAACAUGGUUUUCUGGUCGAGGGCAAUCUGCAGACAGUCAAAAGUGAAGCUGAGUCUGUGUCGAUACCGUACAAAUACGUCGUCUAUAACAAGAAAAAGGUCAAAUACGAGUAUGAGUACAUAUACAAACUGGAUUCAACAUCCCAAACUACCAACAGAUGUUUGUUCGUGAAACACCACCUCGUCAACGAAGACGGGGACUGGCAUCAAUAUGAUGACAUCAUCUGCGUCGAGCCGUCGAAGGGCAUGCUCAAACGCAUCAAAGAAAGGUUCUGGCCCGAACAAAGGAAGGAUCUGAUUCAAGGCAGAGAGAUCGCGGGGAAUAUAAUGCUGGAGUCCAUUUUUGAUCUUCUCACGAGCUGGACUGAUACCAAUCUGAGAAGUUUUCUGAUCCAGCUGAAACAGUUCUGUCAGGUUUACGGGGACCCGUAUGUGUAUGAAGAAAAAGAAAAGAAAUGGUACGCCUUAAGCUACGGGGAAGAUGAGGUGAAGAAGAUGCUAAAAGAAUUCAUGCUGACAAAGGUGAUUCCUCCGGGGCUGAAGGACGGAGAUGGGAAGAUGCUCUACAUUCAGGAUCCCAUGAGAGCAGCUGUGAUCAUGCUCUAUGUGUGGAAACAGCAUCAGCUCAGGCUGGAUAAUGGUGAGCUGCAUAAGCUCUGCGGUGCGCUCUGUUUACCCAAACUAGAGAAAGACGAGUUCCUCCGGUACUGGACGGAGUUUUCUAAGGAUGUCGCUAUUCUCAAAAAUCUGCCAGAAAUGUUGCUGAAUCUGAUAAACGCUGUGAGAACAGCAGGAAUGCAGCGAUGGAUUCUGGUGCUCCCGCUCCUCCACCUCCUCAGAGGCACCACGAAGCCCUUUGAAGUAGCAGCUUCUGGAAACUUGAAGUACGGCGCAUCAUGGGCAGGUUUGCAAGGCCUUGAUUUCGGAAAUGCUACCUCAGGAUACAUGAACAGUCAAGACAGGAAGGCGCUGGUGAAUCUGAUGAAAAGCCACAGUCACUUGAUGGAAGUGGAUCCACUUUUAGUGCGAUCCUGCUUGUUCUUGUUGCCAUUCGAUAAUCUAAUGGAGUGCGUCGUCAACAUAAACACCGAGCUUUUGGACAUGCUUCAUGUGUUCACCAACAAGGCUCAGGAUAUUUCCUACAGUACCUUUGAGACAGUGUCUGAAAUUCUCUCACAUAUCCAAGGACACCUGAUUGAGGAGAAAUACAGUCAUUUUACCGAGGCUUAUAGGAGGGAGUGCCUGGCAACAGCAGUGAAACUGUUGGAGAAGCUCUGCAGAGGAGUCAGACCGACAUCAUUCACCCAGAACUACUUUGAUAUUCCUGUAGCUUGCAUGAAUCUGGUCGCAUCAGUGGCAGACUUUGUUCACUGUAACAAACAACAGGAGACUCAAGAAGGCGGAAAAGAGCAGCGAUAUGCAAAAGACUUAGACGUGAUCUCUCAGGCGAUGGACAUUAUGAGAGAGUGGAUCAACCGGUGCUUCAGACAGAAGUUGCUCAAAAGUGGUAUUUCAUCCCUGUUCCAAGUUGAGGCCACAGCAGAGAUUGAACUGUGGAGCAACAUAAUCUCCAUCCACUUCAAAGAUGAAGAUUGCACAAAAGAAUGGAAACGAACAUUCACAAGGGAUUUUGAGGGCAAAUACAAACAGGAAUCCCCUGUGGAUCAAAUUGAAUUCUACUGCACAAAAAUGGAGGACCUCAGUAAAUCCCAUCCACACGUUGCUGCUAGUGUUGAGAGGUGUGCUCUUGAGGCCGUGACAUCGUUGUGCCAGAACAAGUCGGAGGGGAAGCUGUUUGAGAAGUUCAAGGUGAACUGGAAGUUUGGGAAACUCAUCUCAGCCAUUAUCCAGAAAUCCUGGCCAAAGGACCCCCAAGGAAAUUGUCAGGAAAAUGAAGAAUUGGUCCUUAAGCACCUCCUCUCCUGGACUGCCGCCAAAGACUAUUUCAGACUACACGGCGCAGACGAAAAGCUGAUUGAGACGCUCUCUCAAGAUGCCAGGGACAGAAUUGCCAUAGCCAUAUCAUCAUUCACAGCCAUCAACAAUCAACUGGUCCGUGGAGACAUUAAGACCAGCCUGCUCAGUAUCAUUUUGGAGAAGAGGAACGCCUUCUUAGAUCUGCUGAAGAUCGAUUGCCUCUCUGAGAAUGAACAAUUCAAGGAUAAUGCCAAAAUGAGGAGGCUGUUGCAGUGCAGACAGGAUGAACUGAACGCUGUGUACCAUGAGAAGGAGCUUGUGGACGUCUUCUUAACAAUGAGCAACAUACUUGGGGAACAUAUCAAAGUUGAUCUUGCCGACAUGCAAAAGAGACAGAAGGUGAACAUCGAGAUCAUGCCCCUGAACCAGUUCAUGGAAGUUCAUCCAUUUGACCAGCUGCCCUCUGGCAUGGCGGGCAUCGUCACCUACUUCAAUUUGGAUGAAGACUUCAGAGACAUGGCAGAGGUCCUGUCCACCUUUAAAGACAGCCAUAUAUUCAAUAUGUGUUGGGAGAAACAAGCUAAACUCAAAGCCGCUGAAGAAAUGGAAGAGGACUACCAUGAUGUAGAUGACGAAAUGGAAGACACCUUCCAUGAUGCAGAUGAAGAAAUUGAUGCUGCACCAGAAAUGAUACAUGACGACAUUUUCGAGCCUUGCUUCAAUGAUUACAAAGACAUCUACGCUCGUCUGAAGGACGGCAGCAUAACGCUCGAGGAGGUGAACCAGCUCUUCGGAGAUUACAAGGGCAAGUACUUAGAGCUUGCACAGGACCUGGACAUCAUGUGCAGAGUGGAUAAAUCCACCGACAAACAGUGGAUCCACAGCAGGGUUCAGCAGAUCGAGCAGUAUCACGAGCUUCAUCUGGCUGUGGCUUCGGCUCAAAUUAUCAUGAAGGUCAAAGAGACGCUUCGUCUUCAAGGGGACUUCAGGGUUCUGGAGACACUCACGGAAGUCAGUCAUGCUGACUUUCAGACAGAGCAUCUCAGUCGGAUUGACAAUGACUUGAUGCAGGCAAAGAUGGCUCUGGUUGACAUCACCGAGUCCCGCAGACUGUGCCUACUUGAGCUGGGACUCAGAGGACACUUUGUAACAUGGGUAAAAGAUGCACUCGAAGAUAUCAAUGAGUUGAAGGUGUUCGUUGACCUGGCUUCCAUCUCUGCGGGAGAGAACGACAUGGACGUGGAUCGCGUCGCUUGCUUCCACGAUGCCGUCCUCGGCUACUCUUCAAUUCUAUAUGAGCUCAAACCAGACUCUGGUUUUCAAGUCUUCAAAGAGGUGCUCAAGAAGCUCUGGAGAGCUUUGGAGAAUGACAGCAACCUACCAAAAAAACUGCGGGACAGUGCACGCCAUUUGGAAUGGCUGAAGACUGUGAAGGACAGUCAUGGGUCAGUGGAGCUGUCGUCUCUCUCUUUAGCAUCAGCCAUCAACAGCAAGGGUAGCUACCAUAUCAGUGCACAAGGUGUAAAAAAGUUGAGUCUCGACACCGCCCUGAAGCUGCAGAUUCCAGAGGAGCACGAUGAGGUUCGGCAGAUGCGCUCAUACUCUCUCGAAGACCUGCGGGAGCUGCAGAACAAACUCAUGCUCAUGUCUGGGAAAGGGGAUCAAGGGAAGGAUGACGUUGAUCACUUUACAGAGGUUUUUGCCAGUGUUCAAAGACUCGCUGAGGCAUUCAUUGCUCUCUACACUGCUGGGAAUCCUCUAUUCAGACACUGGGAAGCACAAAUCAGCUGCAGCUUAAGCAGCGAUGAACCCAGCAUUGUGAUGGACUUCAACCUGGGCAGUGUUCUAAGCGUUGUCAUCGUGGAGGGUAGCGUUGACGAGCAGCUUCCUGAGUUUUGCAGGAAAAUGGAGAAGUGCCUGCACUAUUGGAUGGAUUUUGUGGACAAACAGAGGUCCCAGCAUUACUAUCUGAACUACUAUACAGCCGAACAGAUCGUCUACCUCUGCAGCAAGCUGACUCAGCAAAACGUGACCAAUAUGGACGACCAAGUUCUCAUGAUGCUCUCCUUCGUCAAGCCAAAUUGCACAGCCUCAGACUUGAGGCAGGUCUGGCAUGCACUCCAGUAUGAGAUCCUCACCAAACCACAAGAGCAAAAUGAAGACAUUGAGUUCCAGACUUUUGUUAUGGUGCCAACAAGUGAGCUGGGAGACCAAGACUUCACCAGUGAGUUGGAUCCUCUGCUAAGUCUUAUGGAACAAGCAAACGGGUCGCAGAAAUUUGAUCUGAUAUGGAAUGCUUAUAUGAAAGACAUGAAGAAUUAUCUUCUGCACAUUCUUGAUGUAAAAAGUCUUGGAAAGCUGCUGGAAUUACUGGCCAACAAAGAAGAUGAGAGUGAAGAAGACAUUUCUGAUAAUAACAUCAGGGAUGUCACACUGAGGCAGCUACCUAAAGGCCUGGCCACUGGAAAUCCAAACCUCAUUGUUUGCCCGCACGAUGAGAUCUUGACAUCUUGCAUCUCCGUUUACAUGAGCAGCGGGGAUGAAACGCUUCCCAGCUACGAUGAAGUUCUCCUGUGCAACUCCUCAACGCCAUAUGAACAGGUGGAGCUAUUCCUCAGGCGCUGUCUCAGCACUGGCUACAGGGGACAGAAGAUAUACUCUCUGCUGUAUGGAGACCUGCUCACUUAUGAUGUGAGCUCUAAAGUUGAGAACUUUUUUCAGCGAAUGAAAAGGCAGAGUAGGAAAGACUACAGACUUGUCAUCAUCUGCAGCUCUGAAAAAGAACACGCCUACCUCCCUUCAGCCUUCAGCCAGUACAGAUUGCACAUGGUUCCCCAGGAGCCAUUGGCCAGGAUCCAGAGGUACCUCUACAAACACUACGUUGUGCCAGAAGAUCAAUGCAGUGCUGCAGCUGCAUUCAAAGACAGACUGUGUGUUGGAGUCGUCUCAUCCAAAAGAGCUGGUGUUGGUAAAUCACUCUACGUCAAGAGGCUGUAUGAAAAACUGCAGAGCUCAACCAAAAAGCCGUCAAGAAUGAAAUGCAUUCGUUUGAUUGAACCGAAUGUUGAUGAGAAUAUCAUCCUUCAAUCUCUGCUGAACACGCCCAGGACGAAAGAGCUCACGAUGUUCCAUUUUGACAUCACAUCAUCGGUGCAGAAAGGUCUCCAUGAGUUUCUUUUCAAAUUACUGGUCCUGCGCUAUUUGAUGGACUCUGAGGGAAAGACGUGGAAGUGCAGCGACGACCAGCUGUAUGUCAUAGAGAUUCUGGAGCCGACUGUCAUGUCAACCAGAAAUGCUUCACGGCAGGCUCAAACUGUGAACAGCACAUUCACGGAUGUGUUUCCAAACAUUUUCUGCCGACCACCCAAAGAUGUGCUAGAGCUAGAGAUAAGGAAGCAAGAAGAUCCUACCAUUGUAAGCACCGACGACCCACUGAUGGAUGAUGGAGAAUUCAGGAGUGCAGCCUUUCAGCGGCCAUACCAGUAUCUCACACAGUUUCAUAACCACAGUGAUCUUGAUGCGUUCAAAUAUCAGGAUGUCAAAGGGUCACAUGUGGAAUGCCUUCAGAUGCUUCUCAUGUUCUGUGGAGUUAUUGACCCAUCCUGGGCAGAACUGAGAAAUUUUGCGUGGUUCCUUAAUCUUCAGCUGAAAGACUGUGAGACAUCCGUUUUUUGUGAUUCCACUUUCACUGGAGAUACGCUGGCUGGAUUCAAAACCUUCGUGGUGGACUUCAUGAUUCUGAUGGCAAAGGACUUUGCCACUCCAUCACUCAGCAUCUCCGACCAGAGUCCUGGCAAGCUGCAGAUGGACAUGACCGGUGUCCGAGAUGAAGACCUGGCUCCUUUUCUGAUCAGAAAGAGAUGGGAAACAGAACCACAUCCAUACAUCUUCUUUAACGAUGACCAUGUGUCCAUGACCUUCAUCGGUUUCCAUCUUCAGCCCAAUGCACAGAACUCUGUUGAUGCAAUUGAGCCCACCUCUAAAAAGGUGAUAAAGAAGAAUGUCAUGACAAAGGAGUUGUAUGAAGGCCUGAAGCAUCAGAGAGUCCCUUUCAACAUCAACUUUGAUAGCCUUCCAAGAGGGGAGAAAAUAGAGAGAAUCUGCAACGUUCUUGGCAUCCAGUGGCCUCUUGAUCCUGAUGAAACAUAUGAGCUCACGACCGACAACAUACUGAAGAUGCUGGCAAUCCAUAUGCGGUUCAGGUGUGGCAUCCCUGUCAUCAUCAUGGGAGAGACGGGUUGUGGCAAGACAAGGCUCAUCAAAUUCCUUUGUGAGUUGCGAAGGAGCGGAGUGGCCACUGAGAACAUGAAACUGGUCAAGGUGCAUGGAGGGACAACGUCAGAGAUGAUUUACACCAAAGUCAGAGAAGCAGAAGACAUUGCUUCUAUUAACAAGCAACACUAUGAAUUUGACUCUGUUCUCUUCUUCGAUGAGGCCAACACUACCGAGGCCAUCAGCAGCAUCAAGGAGGUCCUCUGUGACAAGACAGUCAAGGGGCAAAGUUUGACACCCAACUGUGGGUUGCAGAUUAUCGCCGCAUGCAACCCUUACAGAAAGCACACAGAUGAGAUGAUUCAGAGGUUAGAAUCUGCCGGCCUCGGGUACAGAGUUCGAGCUGAAGAGACAGAUGAAAAGCUUGGGUCUAUCCCUCUCCGCCAGUUAGUCUACAGAGUUCAAGCAUUACCGCCAAGCAUGAUCCCUCUGGUUUGGGACUUUGGACAGUUAAACGAUCACACAGAGAAAAUAUACAUCCAGCAGAUUGUGCAAAGAGUGGUUGAAAACAAAGCGAUCGAUCAAAGUUACAUCAAGUUGAUCACCGAUGUCCUUUCAGCUUCACAGAGAUACAUGCGGAAAAGAAUGGAUGAAUGCAGCUUUGUCAGCCUGAGAGAUGUCGAGCGUUGCAUGCAGGCUUUUGUUUGGUUCUACGAAAACCACGUCAUGUUGUUUGUAGAGCUUGACGAAUUUGAGAGGAAUCAAAAAGCUGAGAAGAAUGAAAGGCAUUACAGACCGCCUGACGCCAGAGACCCUGUGCUCUGGUCUCUGGUCAUGGCCAUAGGAGUGUGCUACCAUGCCUGCCUAGAAUAUAAGGAAAAAUACAGACAGAAAAUCAGCAAAAGCCUACCACCAGCAUACGUCCCAGCAAAGAUAAUGCAGGAAAUCUCACUCAUGCAGGAUUUACUCCUGAGCGGUGUGCCAAUGGGGGAUACUAUUGCAAGAAACAGUGCCCUCAAAGAGAACGUCUUCAUGAUGGUUCUCUGCAUUGAGCUAAGAAUCCCUCUCUUCUUAGUUGGAAAGCCUGGAAGCUCAAAAUCUCUGUCUAAAACUCUUGUUGCGGAUGCAAUGCAGGGCCAAGCUGCUCAUUCUGACCUCUACAAAAAGUUCAAACAGGUCCAUUUGGUGUCCUUCCAGUGUAGCCCUCACUCAACACCAGAAGGCAUCAUUAACACGUUCAAACAAUGCGGACGCUUUCAGGAGGGAAAGAACCUGGACGAGUACAUUUCCGUUGUGGUUCUUGAUGAGAUCGGGCUGGCUGAGGACUCUCCAAAGAUGCCGCUGAAAACCCUUCAUCCGCUGCUAGAAGAGGGGUGCAUUGAUGAUGAGCCGCUACCACACAAAAAGGUUGGAUUCAUUGGCAUCUCCAACUGGGCAUUAGACCCUGCAAAGAUGAACAGAGGCAUUUUUGUCUCCCGCGGUGACCCUGAUCUGAAAGAACUCAUCGAGAGUGCUAAAGGCAUAUGCACAUCUGAUGCAAUGGUUUUGGAGAAGGUCAGGGAUUUCUUCAAGCCCUUUGCAAAAUCUUACUUGCACAUUUGCCACAAACAAGGCAAAGGCUUUUUUGGCCUACGUGACUAUUACAGCUUGAUUAAGAUGAUUUUUGCUGUGGCCAAGACUUCUCAAAGGAAGCCCACUGCUGAGGAAACCGUGAAGGCGGUGUUGAGAAAUUUCAGUGGCAAGGAUGAUGUGGAUGCAGUUGACGUCUUCACCAAAAGACUGCAAAUUGCACCCAACGUGGAAAACAUCAGUGCCAUUGAGUUCGUGAGAGAAAACAUUCAGGCAGUCGGACAAGAAGAAGAAUGUCGGUACCUGCUGGUGCUAACAAAAAACUACGCGGCCCUACAGAUCCUGCAGCAAACCUUCUUUUCAGAAAGUGGUCAGCCGGAAAUAAUCUUUGGAUCCAGUUUCCCCAAAGACCAAGAGUAUACCCAAAUCUGCCGCAACAUCAACAGAGUAAAGAUCUGCAUGGAGACAGGUCAAACAGUUGUGCUCCUGAACUUGCAGAACCUCUAUGAAAGUCUCUACGAUGCCCUCAACCAAUACUACGUCUGCUUGGGAGGACAGAAAUAUGUGGACCUCGGACUGGGAACCCACCGUGUGAAAUGCCGGGUGCACAAAGAUUUCCGGCUGAUUGUCAUCGAGGAAAGAGAAGUGGUCUACAAACAAUUCCCAAUACCUCUCAUCAACAGGCUGGAGAAGCACUACAUGGACAUCCACACUGUCCUCAAAGCUGAGCAGAAGACGAUAGUGGACGAAUUGGAGAAAUGGUUGAGACUUUUUGUGUCCCUCAGCAGUCAACACACAACAGUCGCUCAGACUUACAAGUACAAACCACCAGACGUCUUCAUCGGCUACCACUCUGACACAUGCGCUUCUGUGGUACUUCAAGUAAUAGAGAAGCAGAAGGACAAUGGGGAGAUCUCAGACCCUGAAAGGAGAAAACUGGAUGAAGCAAAACUCAUACUGCUCAGAUGUGCCACCCCAGACUCAGUUGUGCGGCUGGGCUGCACAGGCCUUCCCAAAGUGGAGAGUGAAAAUCUGGCCAGGGUCUACUUUGAAGAGCAGAACAACAGCUGUUUAGCUGACUUCAUUCUUGCUCACACAAGGCAGGAAGUCCAUUGCUACUCUUCCUUCACAGAGGUGACAACAUUCUCCAGACUUCUGACAGCAUCUGACCUGGAACCACUAGAGCAAGUGUUGCAUAGCGUUGAGCUUCUCUCACUCCAGCAGUUUGACACCGAGCACUCCUUCCUGAAAAAGAUCAGGAACUUCCUCACUCCUGAAAAUGGAAGCAGUAACACUGGCCCCUGCAACAAGAUCCUCCUCAUUCAGUGUGAUUUUGAUGAAGCCUCUCACAGUGCCAAUCUCAUUGCAUCUGCAAAGUAUUCAUCCAUCAAUGAAAUCAACAAGAUAACUCAGGAGAGCACGAGAAGCAGGGUGUUUGUCUACUUCAUCACCAGACUGCCAAGAAUGGAAGGAGGGACCUCCUACGUCGGCUUUCAUGGAGGCCCCUGGAGAUCAGUUCACAUCGAUGACCUCAGACGGUCAAAAGACAUCGUUUCAGACAUCAAAACUUUGCAAAGCAUGACAAUCAGUCAACUGUUUGAAACAAAGAGUCGGUCCGAAGCUAUGGAGGUGGCUGACAUGUACACUGAGGAUGAGCAGGAGGAAACAGAACCAGAGGAAAAUGGCUGGAGUAAUGUUGUGGACACUACAGCACUGGUGCGGAGCUGUGUGCAGAGUGCAGUGGGCAUGCUGAGGGACCAGGUGGAAAGUGGCCAACGCAGUACUCAGAGAGUUGAGAUCCUGCUGUCGCUCCUCAGUGACAAUGACGAAGUAAAAGGUGAAUUUCUGCAAACUGUGAAGAGGCAUCUUCACUCAUUGCUGGCGACUCAUGAAGGCAACACCUUCUCAUCCAUGAAGAGCAACUGGGUCAUUAAGGAGGCCUCAAACAUCGAUGCGUUGCAAGAAGGAGGCACAUUCAGGCACACCUUAUGGAAGCGUGUUCAGGCUGUGGUCGUCCCCCUCUUGGCGCAACUGCUUUCAGUCAUUGACCGCGACCAAAACUUGGACAUCCUGCUAGAUGGGAACUGUGGUGGAUUUGUCAAGAGGCUGUGGUUGGAUAUCUUUGGCAACGAUAAGCUGCUGGAAAUCCCACACCUAACACUGGACCACAACUCUGAGACCAGAACAAUCCUCGUACAGAACUACAUCGCCCAAGACAGGAACAUGAGCUGCAGCAUGCCCUUCAGCUGGAGGAUCAAGGACUACCUGGAGGAACUCUGGGUUCAUGCGUUUCAACAUGAAGGCCACACUCAACGAGAGUUUGAGGACUUCUUUUGGAAGACACCGCUGGGACGAUACAUUGAGAAAGCAGACCGAGAGAUGCAGACCGAGUUUUUCCAACGCUACCUUCAGGAUUUCAUCUCCAUGACGAUGAACGUGACUUGUCAGGAAGAUCUGCAGCUCCUGUGUGGUGCCCUGAACUGUUGCGUCAAUGAGCUGCGAUUGCGGCUCAAUGCCACGGAUACGGUGACGUCUCUCCCAUGGGUCCAUGCUGCUUAUCAUGAGUUCAAAAACCGGCUGCAGAACCUCUCCAGAAUGAUCUGCCUUGAGCCCCGGGUGACCCAGCACCUCUUGAAGAAUCAUCAUACCAGAGACGGGGAUGAACUGAUACUCGACGUGUAUGCUGCUUUCGCAUGUGUGGAGUACCUGGAGCCUACACUCCUGGACACGGACGCCCAAAGACAAGCCUGGCUCAGGCAGGUCAAAAAAUUCCAGGUUCCCAUUGAGUUGAUCUGCUCAGAGGACAGUGUGAGGCGCUAUGGAGAGAGGAGCAAGGCGAUCGUCCGUAGAGUCCAAGCUGGAUGGAAUCGGAUAUUCUCUCUCUCUCUGUUUGUGGAGCACAUGUUGUUGGGCAUCGAGCAGGUAGAGAGGAAGCUGGCACCUUUAGUUUUGGAGCAUACAAGAGGGCUUUGCCAGAUACUGGAAAAAAAUUCAGACCUCAAAACUCAGCAGUCAUUUGAGGCAGUAAUCAAUUUGCUCAAAGCCUGCAAAGAUGGAGUCAUCGAAUGCAUCUUCAGGUUUGGUCUUCCGCUGUGUCCAGUGUGUAUGGGAGACCCCCAGGAUCCCCUCUGCCUGCCAUGUGAACAUAUCUACUGUGUAGUCUGUAUCAAACAGUGGCUGGGCCCUGGUCAGAUGUACUGUCCCCUCUGCAUGCAGCAAGUUAACGACGACUUCCUCAUGGUUCCUUCAGAUGCCAUAAGGAUUCUAGUCGACCAACAUGCUCAGUUCAGGAAGCAGUGCAACGCUUUCUUCAUUGACCUGGUGUCCACUGUGUGCUUCAAGGACAACUCUCCGCCCUGUUCACCUGUCAUUCGCCAUCUGCUGUCCUUUCUCAUGGUGGAGGCCAACACGGUUCCCCUUCUCAGAGCUAAUCGACAAAUUCUGACGAAGGUGCUCUCUCCGUUUGAUGACUCUGUGGAUAAAAAUCCAGUGGUCCGGUCGGUAGUGCUCAAACUCCUGCUGAAGUACAGCUUCGAUGAAGUUAAAGGUUACCUGCAGCAGCAUCUGGUGGCCGUUGAGCAGAGCAAAAUCUUGGAAGAGACGGACAAAACUGAACUGUACUUGUUGUACAUCAACUGCCUGGAGGACUCCAUGUUUGAAAGGUUGCAGUUCAGGUCCAUUGCAGACCAGCGGGUGUGUCUGCAGAAUGAAAGUGCCUUCCUGACUGAUUACCUGCAGUCACAUGGUCAGUCUGCUGGAACAGCCACUGUGGAAUAUCUGCAGCAGGUGGCCAGAGUGCGUAUGGACCUGGACAUGGCUGCAAGCCUCAUCGUGGAAAAACUCAGAGCCACAGCAGAGGCUCAGGAGACUGGUCAAAGUGGAGCCUUCCUGACCAGUGCGGUGGACUUGUGUCGGCGCAGUGGAAACGACUGGUAUCGCGUCUACUUGAUCCGUAAGAUCUGCAGCCGACACGGCGUGGAGUUUGUCCUGAAGCUCCUCAAAGUGGACGAAAUGCGCUGGCUCUUCCCUGAAGAAGUGCUGCAAAAGAGUGAAGAAGCCACCCCAAUAGACCAGUUUCUGGUGUGUGGGGAAGACUACAAGACCAUCAGAAAUGCUGUGGCAAAGGGAGUUAUGGAGGGAAAAGUGGACGGACUGGAGGAGACCUGUGAGGGGUGCAGAUGCUUACCGCAGAGCACAGCAGUCUAUCUUCUGUUGGCGCUGUACAGAGAAGUCACCACUCUCUACAGAGAAGCCAAUGCUAGCUUCCAUCCCAAACCUGAGCAAUUGGAAGCCCUGUUGAAGUUCAUCAAGAACUCCAAAUUCCUUGCUAGCCCACAGAUGAAAGCCUUCGCCAAGGCUCUGGUGAUCAACCAACUCGGCCCGUUGACUGUUCCUCCCGGCGCCUCUGGUGCCCGGUCCGUGCACGUGGACUUAACCAUCCACCUGGCUGCUGUCUUGCUCUGCGGGAACCAGGGGAUCUUAGCUCCCCUGCAGCAGCUGGCAUGGGCACCUGCCAACAUGCAGGCAGCCUUCUUGCCUACCAUGCCAGAGGACAUGUUAGUAGUGGCCCAACAAGCUAUGGGACUGUUGCAGUGGUACCAUUGUCCAAAUGGUCACCCCUGCACCAUUGGAGAGUGCGGCCAGCCCAUGCAAAAAGGUCAAUGUUUGGACUGUGGUGUUGAAAUAGGAGGAGACAACCACCGGCCUGUGGCUGGAUUUCAAGCUAUGCAGCUGCAGGGUGACCGCACUAAGACAGGCCACAUCCUCGGUGACCCCAGUCGCAGGGACAAUCCAGACAUGCUGGACACAAAGAGCAUUUCCCCCGUUCCCUUCACCAUGGUCCGCAUGCUCACUCACAUGGCCAUGCUGCUGGGGACCUGCAACCACCUGCAGCCUAUCUCCACCAUCAUCCAGCCUCCGGUCCGUGACCCCGGUGCAUUUCUAAGUGCUCACCUGCGAAAGGACAUGGAGCAUCUGAUCAGAUCUCUGGGUAAAGGGACAGACGACACAGUCAGCGCUGUUCACCUGCUCAUCAGCAGCCUCGUGGAACCCAAACAGCAACAGACAUGGCCGGUUCCUUAUGACAACGUGCUCUCCACCAAAAACGCCAGAAAUGGAUGGGAGAUGGAAGUGAGCAACGCCAUCAUCACACCUCAGCUGAAGAACUUGGAUAGACAGCUGAAGGAAGUGAACGCGUUCAUCCGGGCUGACUCUCGCAUCUCCGCUAAUCCCAUCAUGAAGCUCAUGUUUGGCGAUCCUCGUCUCUUCUUGGCCUCGCUUCCCCAGAACUCUCUGAUCCACGGUUCUGCCGUGUGGAGCUGCAGAGAGAAAGUGUCUCUGCUGAGCCUCACCCACAUUGUGGAGCAGAAUGACGGCAAAGACACCCUGCCGGUGCUCUGGAGGUUUCUGCACAGGGAAGCAGAACUCCGGCUGGUGAAGCACCUUCCUGAUAUCCUCAUGCUCCAGAGAGAUCUGGUCAAGAGGUUUCAAAACAUCACCGAGCUGACUUGUGGCACCAUCGGCGAAUUCCUCCUCAGUCAGAAAGCAGUUUCGCUGAAAGCCUGGUAUGAUAAAUACAUCAAGAUCUUCCUGACAAGCUGGAAUCAGCUCAGAGUGUCUUUGGCCACUAACGGUGAGAUCAAGAUCCCAGCUGAGUUCUGCCAGAAGGACCUGGACCUCAACAGUGACCUCAAGGUGCUGUUACCACGGCGACAAGGCCCAGGCCUGUGUUCCACGGCCCUCGUCAGCUACCUCAUCGCCCUGCACAAUGACCUGGUCUACUGUGUGGACAAGCACACUGGAGAGGAGACCAGCUACAAAGUGAGCCCGGCGGAUCUGACCGACCUGCAUGUGAUCCGGUACGAGCUGGAGCGGGACCUGAUGCCACUGGUUCUGUCCAACACCCAAUACAGCAUCGAGAGAGGCCAGGAGACUCUUCACGAGUACGACUUGCCCAAGAUCCAGCAGCAGAUCGUCUCCCGCUUCUUACUGGGCAAACCUCUCAUCACUCUCAAUGGCAUCCCAACACUAGUGAACAGACAUGACCGCAACUAUGAGAUUAUCCUGAAGGAUGUAAAGGCAAAAGUCCAGCAAGAGCCUCUUCAGACUCUCACCCUGUUCGCCGUCGCCGGGGAGCUUCACUCCUACAGCGAGGUGUGUGAGGCCUUGUCCACGCUGGAAGUGGCCCUCGGUUUCCUCGCCAUGACCGGGGGAGAGCCUGACAUGCAGCUGUCCCGCUACCUGGAGGAGGUGCUGCAGAUGGGAAACCAGAUGGCUGCGCAUAUCCUCAAGGCCCUGAGCAUGUGUUGUCUAAAGCAUUGUGUGGCUCUGUGGCAGCUGCUGGCCUCACUCAAAUCAGAAAACAUGCUGCGGCUCAAAAGGGAUCCGUUUGUGGAAGUGUCGGAGAGGUACAAACAGGCCCUGAGCGAAGACGAGCACAGGCUGCUGACCGGCUUCUUUUCUAAGUGCAGCGCCGACUCGUUCCUGCUGGAGAUGCACGAGUUCCUGGUGCUGGUCCUUAAAAAGUCCAAUGCACUUGAUACCUACAGGCCUGACUGGAGCCUGAAAGUCACCCUGGUGUCUUACUUGGAGCGCAAAGACCUGGACACCCCUCCUGACGUGGAGGAGCUCUUCCCAGAGGAGAUCUGCCUCUCCCAGUAUGUCGAAGCCUGGAAGUUCAUCGUGGCCUUCAAGCAGGAUCGCGGCCAGAGACAAUGAAGAUGUCAUAUAUAAUCAUGUCCCUCAGAUUGAUGUUUACAAUCAUGGUAAAUCGACAGUAUUGAAGCGGAUGUGGACGGGUGAUAAGUUCUGUAUUUUACACAUAUUUAUGCAGAGACGUGCCUUUUUUAAGAGCACUAAUGUUAAGCAUCAUAGUGCCACAAACUGAGUGUGCAGUUCAUAUAUGAAGAGGUGAGGAUUAUUUGCUCUUUGUUUUGUGUUAUUUUCUAUUUUCCUGACCACCAACAUGUACAGAGUUUUCCGUACGGUUGAUCGUCUUCUAUCUCGCACUUUACUUGUAAAUGUGAAUUUGUCUCGAAGAUGCAGAAAAACAAUCUGACUUCUACUCAGGUACAUAAUGUGGAUUAACUCGGGGGAGGAUCUGAAAACCACACUGACCUGAGUCACUUUAUCAAGUAUAACGUGUCUUUUCACAUUCCUCAAAAGCCAUUUCCAUCCCUUUUUUCUAUCGCUGUUUAAUCAUGUUAUGUUUGAUGUGUCUUACGUAUGUAAAAGUUGCACUUGCCUUUCUUCCACUUUUUAAAAUCACUGUCUUAAAAACGAUAUAAUGUGUUUAAAAAAAAAAGUUAAUUUCCUUUCUUUUACAUUCCAGUUUUUCAUCUAAUGUUCAGCAUAUUUACAGAAUACAAUAUUCUGUUAUUGUCUUACUUAUUGUUAUUUUCUAUGUAUGCGUGAUAAUACAUAUACUGCUUCCAAUAAAGCAUAAAUGUCACCU